AUGGCCAGCACAGAUCCCAACAUGAGCCAGACCAACACACAACAAACUACUUGGUACAUGAUUUUAGUUCGCACCCAUGAGCCCUCUCAAAUUGCUACUAGGUUCCAACUAGUCAUGCUUGGUGGGGUUGAAGCCAUACUUGAACCUGUGCUCGAGUCAAACACAAAUCUGAUUCUUUACAGAGUUAGGCUCAAUGAGCCUUGGACUCAAACAGAGCAUGGACCAAUACUUGAACCAAACACACACCUGAUUUUUUAUGGAACUUGGCUUCAUGAGUCUUGGGCCUUGAUAGAGCAUGAGAUUCCUCAAGAAGUUCAGGGCUAUGUUGCUGGCUUCUUUAUGCAGGUACCAACAACAACAUACCCACCACAGCCAACAUACCCUCAUGACUUAAAUAUCAGGCAUCCAACCUUCUCUGCAACUUAUCCCAUGUCUCCCAGUCAGAACAUCAUGGUGGGUCCAUAUGCUUCCAACUCCAUGCCUGUGAUUGUUAACCAGACACUACAAAUCCUCGUACCUGUCCCAAUGAAUGUUCCUUUCCUUUUGGUUCCGCGAUACACAGAAGCUAGUUCUAGCACCAACACCAUCGUGCACCAGUCUCAGAGUCGUACGAGUGAUGCAGCUGCAAGCACUUCCAUGAAUGUUACUGCUGAUGAAGAAAUUGAUUUGGAGUUACGCUUGGGAAGAAGAGAGUGA